AUGAGCGCACCUAGACCGCUGGACUUCAGCAUCGCUGCUGGGCACGUAGGCGCUCCUCGAAAGUAUGAGCGGCUGAAAGAAAGCUCGGAGGAGGGUGGAAGUCAGAGGACGGUUCCGCUCGAAGUAGGCAAGGACGAGUGUAGAGUGACGAUAGCGGGAGCAGGGAUCAGCUUCGUUGUCUGCAUCCAUGCGAGCAUGUACCAGCUCCACGAGUUGGUCUCCCAGCAGAAAGAUUGCAGUCAGAGCCAUCACAAGGUCUGUGCCAAUGGCGCCAUCUUGAGCGAGGCGACAUGGAGGGACGGGGGCGCGGAAGUGGGGGAGGACGCGAGGAGUCGGAGCUUGGAGAGCUAUGGUCUCACGGGAGGGUCGAGGGUGCUGGUGUUCUGCACCAAGGUGUCGGUACAGGAGGAGAUGAAGAAGAUGGCAGAGGAGUCGAGCAAGUUCAACGGAGUCAGGAGCUUCGCACAGGAGGAGGAGAUAAUGCGGCGAAGGGCAAAUGCUCCUGCGAUGUUUGCUAAGAGGGCCUCGGGGUCCCUGGCCGACUUCCGCUAUGGGUUCGGGAGAUGUGUUCCGCUGCAAGUAGAUCCCAACACAGGAUGGAGGUGA